AUGACGGUGGUGGCUGGAGUUAGGGGAAAAGUAGAAGGUGGGAGGGUUUCAAUUUUGUUGUUUUUGAAGAGGCGGAGCCACAAUGGGGUCAAUGGGAUCGCACGACCUCUUGGAAGCCAUGGAAAUAACCUUAGAGGUCCCUUGGAGCUGCUGAAUUAUUAUGGAACGGUUUUUAAGAGAAAGUCAUCAUCGGGUUCGGGUAGUUCGAAUAAUGUUGAUAGUUCAAAUACUGUUGAUAAUGAUGAUAAAGUUAGAGAAGUUGUGAUGGAAAAUGCUCUGAGGAAUCUCAAAUUACUAGCUUCUUCCAUUAAAAAAGAAAUUGUGAAUUCAUGUGCCCUUGAAACACUUGAUGCUAUCAUGGAUGGUAUAAAAGAUAGAUUCUUUUCAAUAUUGGUGGAUGAAGCACGUGAUGUGUCGGUGAAAGAGCAAAUGGCUAUGGUGUUACGUUAUGUGGAUGACAACGAGCAUGUAAUUGAAAGAUUUGUGGGUAUCCAACAUGUUACCGACACUACUUCAAGUUCACUAAAGGAUGCUAUUGACACAUUCUUUUCUCGCAACGGUUUGAGCAUUUCCAAGCUACAAGGACAAGGUUAUGAUGGUGCUAGCAAUAUGAGAGCUCUUGUUGCCGUAGCAAAGAAGAAUAUAGAUAUUGCCUCUUUUUUUGCAACGGCUAAUAGUGUGGUUAAUCAUGUUGGAGCAUCUUGUAAGCGGCGUGAUUUACUUAGACAGCAACUUCAAGAAGAGCUUGUGAUAGCUUUUGAAAAUGAUUGUCUUAUAACGGGGCGAGGCUUAAAUCAAGAAACAAGUCUCAAACGUGCCGAUAACACACAAUGGAACUCAUACUAUGGUACCUUGAUUAGCAUCAUUUCCAUGUUUUCAUCCGUGGUUCAUGUGCUUCAAAUGGUUAUUGAUGAUAAUCCCAAUGAAAGUGCGGGUGAAGCAAAUAAGUUAAUGAGAGAAAUACGGAGGUCAAGGCGUAAUGCUCCAAUAAAGACAAAUCAUCAUCAUUAUCGUGUAGAGCUCUUUAUUUAUGUCAUUGAUGAGCAAAUUACGGAGUUAGAGGAUCGCUUUAAUGAGUUGCAACUGCUUCAGUGGAGAGAGUAUUUUGUGUCAUGA